AUGCACACGGUCCGUAACAAAACGUACAUUCCGAUAAUACAUUCACCACUCGCGCCGAGUACCUCAGUUGCUCAGCUACCAACCCCUUCGUCAUCUUUAUUAUGCGAUAGCGCUCAAAGCAGAAUAAGCAGCCGAUACACAAAUAUCGUGAAACCGGCUAUUAACCACCACCAACGCUUCAACGGCAAAAAGUUUGGUAGUAUUGACAGUAGUAAAGCCGGGGGACAGACCACGAAACAUCAGGAGUGGCGUAAUAGAUUUAAAAAAGAGUGUGCUGAACGCAUUAAGGCGUCAAGAGAUUUGACAGUUAGUCAACGGCGACGGGGGUUGUCUGAAAUUCAGGGAGUGGUGGACGCGGAACAAUCGAUACAAGAAAUGUGGAUGCAGUUCCAAAAGCAGCAUGCUUUGCACAAUUUAUGGUAUGAUCCAGAAGAUUACGAAGAAUUAUUACAGGAAAUUGCUCAAGAAUCAGUAAUGUAUGACCAACAAGAAGCAACGGCGACGACAAUGACGUAUAAUGAUUGCAACGAUAUGAUGAUUGAUGACGAUGAUGUCGACAACGAAGAAAAAGAGAUCGAAUUUGCGAUAAUGAUGGAUGAUGAGGAAUAUCUAAUAAAUAAUAUGUAA